ACAUUGAUUUGAAUAACAUGUCAGGAGAUGAUGAAGUCGACUCUCAUGGUACUACCUCUUCAAAGGGAACCAAAAGAAAAGCUCCUAUGGGAGAUCUAUCUACCAAUCAGCUUGAGGUAAUGGAUGUCAACAUGAGUAUAAUGACAUCAAGUAUAGAGAAAGGUAUUGUGAUUGCUGAACUUUCUGUCAAGGCUAUGGAGAAAGGAAAUGGGAUUAAAGAGAGGUCUUUGGUAAUUCUCGACCAUCAGAAGACUCACAUCUACAAAGAGGGCGAAAUUUUCCAAGAAUUGCAACGCUAUGAUAUUCUUGGAGAAAUGAGGUUGAAUGGCUAUAAGUAUCUUGCAAAAAAUCCAGAUACCAGACGGGUUUUAUUUGGCAGAAGAGUAUCGACAACAGUUCAUAGUUGAUUUGGCAAAAAAACAAACCUUUUGGCAAGUUGACUUUUGAU